AUGGCAUCCAGUGGCCCACUUGAAAAGGCUGCGAAAGGAAAAGGAGUCCAUGUCGACAGCGACAAUCGCAUUUGUUGGGACGAAGAUGCCGAGCAACACCCUCGAAACUGGAAGUCCGGAACUAAGACAUACACCGCUGCUCUUAUAUGUUGGCUAGAGAUGUACAUGACGGCAAUAAGCUCCUCUGGGACGGCUACUGCAAACUCGGCACGAGACGAAUAUGGAAUGAGCAGAACGCUGGCCUAUUUUGCUUUUGUUUCUAUAUAUCUGAUGGGCCAAACCAUAGCUGGUAUAUUCUGUUCACCCAUCUCAGAAGUAUUUGGACGACGGACCAUAUACAUACUUGCGGCAACCAUCUUCUGCAUUUCCUCGGCAAUUGUAGCCGCGGUACCUUCAGUUAUUGCUGUCUAUUUUGGUCGAUUCCUCCAAGGGGUAGCAGCAGCAAUUCCUGCUACAGUCGCCUUUGGCAACUUUGAUGACAUGUACAAUGCUGAACACAGGAUCUGGGUCGUUUACAUAUACACCAUUCUUGGUAUGCUCGGGCUAGUACUGGGUCCUAUCUACUCAACAUACAUUACUUCAAGCAUUGGCUGGCGCUGGGUAUACUACAUCUCUACAAUUGUCAUGGGUGCCACUGCUGUUGCAUGCAUCUUUACUAGAGAGUCAAACGCAGAACAGCUACUGGACAAGAUUGUCAAACAAAUACGUGAAGAGACUGGCAUACAAGAUAUAAAGCCGGACCAUGCUGAGGGAGGAAAACUUACAGCAUCUAACUUUGUGCAAAACACCCUCUUCCGACCCUUGAAGUUCUUAGUUACAGAUCCUUUGGUAUUCUUCUGCGCCAUGCUUUGCGCUAUUGCAUUCGGUCUUAUCUAUGGCCUGACAGAAUCACUAACGAUCGUCUACACGGCGCCACCUUUCAACUUUUCGGAAGACAACUCCAGUUUGGCUUUUAUUGCUAUCGCAAUCGGCGAAAUACUCAAUAUUCUGCCGCGCUUCUACGAUGCUUACCUUUACAAGAAAUAUCGCAAAACAAAUCGACGCAUCCUACCCGAGACCAAAAUCACCUCGUUUGCCAUCUCUGCUCCAGCCCUUGCCGUCGCCUUGUGGCUCUUCGCCUGGACUAUUCCACCGCGGGUGACAAACGUCCCUUGGCCUGUUAGCAUGAUUGGACUCGUGAUAAUUGGGUUCAGUGCGAAUGACUUCAGCUAUGUGCUUUUCGGGUACGCCACUGACAGUUAUGGUAAACAUGCUGCCAGCGCUGUUAGUGCCAUAAGCACUACGCGUACUUUGGCAGCCGCAGUAUUUCCACUUUUCACACACCAAAUGUAUACAGGGCUGGGAAGCAAUGUAGCAACAAGUAUCUUGGCCGCAGUUGCUAGUUUGUUUGCCUUCACACCAUUCCUGUUUAUAGGAUACGGACAGAGAUUGAGGCACAGAAGCAAGUUUGCAGCAGACAACGACGAGGCGUUGGAGCAAGAGAACUCUCAUAUGAAAGAGAAGGAUUGA